UCAAAAUAAAAAUAAAGUGUUGUGUUAAAAAUGCUGUGCAAUUGUGACCAUCUCUUGGAAAAUUCCAAAGAGCACUACUACAACUGUAGUGCUAUGUGGGAUGAGCGCAAGAUUGGAUAUCCAUGUCCGAAGAACCCUGACGGGACACUGCGUUUGCGCAAUCCGCACCUGCGACACCUGGAGCGUGACUUCAUCUACCACCUGGGCCUGGACACUAGCGCCGACGUGUCCGCCAUGUUCGGAGACGUCAAGUUCGUCUGUAUGGGCGGCACCAAAUACCGCAUGCGCGAGUUCGCUCUCCACGUAAGACAGGCGCUGGGUCUGCCUGACACAGGCAAGAUGGAAAACCUGACCAAACACGCGCACCGGUACGCCAUGUAUAAAGUGGGGCCUGUCAUCUCUGUCAGCCACGGCAUCGGAAUACCCUCCAUGAGCAUCCUCCUCCAGGAGAUUUUCAAGCUGCUCCACUACGCGUGCGCAAAGGACCCAGUGUUCUUCAGAAUAGGGACCAGUGGGGGUCUCGGUGUGCCCCCAGGGUCGGUGGUUGUGUCGUCGUGGGGCCUGAAUGGGACCUUGGAAAAAAGUUACAAUAUUCCUGUGCUUGGCAAGGUGCGCAAACUGCCCUCGUUCUUUGAUGAGCGUCUGUACAGGGAGGUGCAGUCAGUGGCCACACACGAGGGUUACACCACUUAUAUCGGAGGCACUAUGGCUGCAGAUGAUUUCUAUCGAGGCCAAGCUCGCAUUGAUGGACCAUUCUGUGACCACACAGAGGCGGACAAAAUGUCCUUCCUACGCACUCUCUCAGAGCUAGGCGUGAAGAACAUAGAGAUGGAGGCCACAGCCUUCGCCGCGUAUACCAGGGAGGCAGGAGUGCGAGCAGCUGACGUAUGUGUCACCCUUCUGGACAGACUGCAGGGCGACCAGGUGACGUCAAGCAAAGCCACAAUGCUGGAGUGGCAGAACCGUCCCAUAGCUCUGGUGGGGAGUUUCAUCGCCAACUACUGCAAACGCCGGGCAUUGCUCCAUGGCAGCCAAUAACCCCCAA